AUGGCGUAUAGACAGACAAACGAUCCAUUCGCAGACUCCUCGCAGCAUGCAACCCUCGAUACCGACCCCUUCUCAGACCCAGUCAAAGACCCAUUUUCUCAACCUAACGAGUCGUCCGUCUCUUUUGGAGGUCAAUCGACGAAUGCCUAUGGUGAUUACGGAAGGGGCGGGGGGAAUGAUACCUCCCGAGCGGACGAGCUGAGUAGGAGGGAAGCUGAGUUGGCUAGGAGAGAGCAAGAGCUGGCGAGGAGGGAACAGGAGAAUGCCAUACAUAGGAAUAACUGGCCUCCUUUCUAUCCAAUCGUGCACUAUGAUCCAAAUAUCAUUGAAGACCCAACGAAAAGACAGACUAUAACCUUGAUAGGUUAUCAAUGGUAUGCCCUUGCUGCCACGCUCAUCAUCAACAUGCUGGGAUGUAUCUUUCUUUUACUUGCUGGUGCUUCGGAAGGAGGUGCCGACUUGGCGAGUUCGAUAAGUUACGUAGUGGUAAUUGGUCUAGCAUCGUUCAUACUUUGGUUCAGACCUAUCUAUUUGGGGUACUGUAGGACAGAAGGUAAAACCAUGGCUGUUUUUUUCUACAUUUACUUCUUAUUUGGUGGUUUCCAUCUGCUCUACUCUAUCUAUAUGCUGGUCGGUAUCCCAUCAACGGGAUCAGCAGGGUUGAUCAACACUAUCGGAAUGUUCACCCAGGGACAUAUCCUAGCUGCUGUAUUCGGUACGAUCUCAACUGUCGGAUGGGCAUUCCAAGUCCUAGGUGGUGGUUUCCUUUACAAACGGGUAUGGGAUUUCAAGAAUGGUAAUGGUGAUAUCAGCAUGGAGAACGCUACAAACCAACUUAAAGCUAGCUCUAUCAAGACUAUUGUGCUGCACCAAAGUAGAAUGUAG